UGCAAGUCAUGGUGGCAUCCGUCGCCCACCCUGGAGGGGAGGGGGUGGCGCCCGGCCGGUCCCUAGUCCCCGACAAUCGGUGCGUUGGGUGCGCAAGCGACUGCGCUGCACUCAUUAGACAUCCACUGUAAAGACGUGGGCCAAGUGGGAGUCGAACAUGUCCCUUCCCAACACACAUAUGUGUGUAAAGGCAGCUGAGAGCCGAGGUGAUGAUGCCGGCCGCCGGCGCCUGGGGCCUAGGCCGCUUGCCGCAUAGCAACAGGUCCCGCCCCUCGGUGCGGGGCCGGAUGUUGUGAGGUGGCGGGCGGCGAGUGGGCAGGCGGCGCGUCAGUCAGGCUGGCGGAUGACGCGUAAGUGGGCGGGUCCAGCCGGAAGCGGAAGCGGCGGCUGCUGCUGAGGAGGAGCCGCUUCCUGCUCCUUUAUUUAGUCUCCAGUCGCACACGUUGGAGUUCGCCAGCAACCGGCGGCCCGAGUCACAACACAACAUAACAUAACAAAACAAGGCGGGCCCAGGCUGCCAGUGCGGCAGAGUGACCGUGAAGUCCAAGCAGACACGCCCAGCCUCGGGCCUAGCCGCCCACUGCAGGAGCCGGGCCGAGUGAAGGCCGCCCGGGGACAAAAGCCGCCCGCCGCGCUGCUACAAGGAGGGGAAGGAGCAAGGAGUAGACACAGAGAGAGAGGAACACAAGCAGGGAGUGGCCGGCCGCCUGAGACUAGUUCCUUUGUGCCUUGAGGAGAGAGCGGAGCCUGUGGGCGGCCGGUGGGUGCCCGCCCUCCGCUCUAACCCGCAAUUAGCCCGCUGGUCGUGGGUGGGAAGAUGCACCCCCUGAAGAAGUACUUCACCGAGGGGCUCAUCCAGUUCACCAUCCUGCUGAGCCUGAUGGGGGUCCGGGUGGACGUGGACACUUACCUGAACGCUCAGCUGCCUCCACUGCGGGAGAUCAUCCUGGGCCAGAGCUCGGCUUACACCCAGACCCAGUUUCACAACUGGAGGAACACGCUGGGCGGCUACGACCUUCACCCCAAGAGUGUGGACCUAGACUACUACUUCACGGCGCGGAGGCUGCUCAACGACGUGAGGGGCCUGGACCGGCUGCUGGUGCCCAGCACCGAGCUCAGCGCCUGGCUGGUGCACAGUGGCAGCAGCCGGGAGGCGGACGGCUCGGUGCCCGCCUCGCAGCCCAGUUUGCCCUUGGACAACACGAGCGGAGUGAACGAGGGAGCGGUCGCGGAGAACAGCGACAGGGCCAAUGGCUCAUCCGAGCAAGUGGAGGAAAGUCUGGGAGCUGUCGGGUUGCCAAUGAGCAGCGAAUUGACCAAGGAGGACAUUGAUCUGAUUGAUAUCCUAUGGAGACAGGACAUAGAUCUGGGCGCUGGCAGAGAGGUGUUCGACUACAGCUCCAAGCAGAAGGAGAACGGACAAGGUGAGGAAGAUCAGAGAAAGAAGACUGAAGAGGACAGUGCAAGCGGGAGGAGUGGUUUGCUGCAGGGAACUGCUCACGUGGAUGGGGAGACUGGAGAAAGCAUCCCGGAUCAGGUGCCGGAGUUGGUGGACCAGACGCCUUCCUUUGAGGAAUGUCUCCGUCUCCUGGAGGAAACGUUCCCGUUCGCUGAGGAUUCUGAGUUUCCAGCGGCCGUGUCUUCAGAGCUGAAUGAGGCUUUAGACAGUGCUCUGGCCAGUACCAGUGACAGCCCGCCUGCAUCCUCACAGACCACCCUCCGUCCACCCCUCCUCACGCCACAGGACACUCCUUUAGACCUAGAGCAGCAGUGGCAGGACCUCCUGUCCCUCAUGGACCUCCAGGACAUGGACAUGGGCGACAGUGCAGCCUCGUUUAGUGACGAUACUAGCAACGGCAAUGCUGAGCUGCCCAUGAGCUACAUCCAGCCUCCCACCACCACCAUCAACCAGGACGUCAGCCUCCAUGAUGCCACCUUGCCUCUGUGUGGACAGGAUUUCCCUCCUUUCUUCAAUGCCAACGUGGCAGUGGGCAGCGGCCCCAGCCUCCAGCCUCUGGCCUCCACCAACUCCACCGACUUUAACACCACCUUCGGCUCCACCAACUUCACCGGGCUUCUCUUCCCUCACCGCAUUAACGGGACGGGCAAUGAGACGUGUAGUCCAGCCAUGGCGGACCCUCUGAGGGGGCUGCUGGACGACGCCAUGUUGGAUGAGAUCAGCCUGAUGGACCUGGCCAUGGAGGAAGGUUUCGGCCCAAUGGAGACGUCCCAGAUUGAAGAGGAGCUCGAUUCCGACUCGGGCCUCUCGCUCGACUCCAGCCAGAGCCCAGUUUCCCCCAGCAGCUCGGAGUCCUCAUCCUCCUCCACCACAUCCUCCUCCUCCUCCUCCUCCUCAUCCUCCUCUCUGUCGCUUUCCGAGGAGGGAGCGGUGGGCUACAGCUCCGAUUCAGAGGACACGGAUUCGGAGGAGGGCCAGGGUGCGGUGGGAGGCCAUCAGCCGGAGUUCAGCAAGUUCUGCCGCAUGAGUUACCAGAACCCCAGCUACUUCCACUCUCCGCCCUACCUGGAUCAGAUCCAUCACAACCACACCUACAACCUCCCGCCCGGAGCCUCUGCCUCCAGCCCCCACUCCCCCCCCGGCCCCGGCUACAAAGCGGGGUUCAGGGAGACCCGUCGCAGCUGCAUCGACCUGCACGUGGGGCGGGACGAGCGCCGGGCCAGGGUGCUGAAGAUCCCCUUCACCAACGACAAGAUCGUCAACCUGCCUGUGGACGAGUUCAACGAGCUGCUGAAGAAGGCCCAUCUGACGGAGCCCCAGCUCGCCCUGAUCCGCGACAUCCGGCGCAGGGGCAAGAACAAGCUGGCGGCUCAGAACUGCCGCAAGCGCAAGCUGGACACCAUCCUAAACCUGGACCAGGAUGUGGAGCAGCUGAAGAAGCAGAAGGCCCGGCUACUGAAGGAGAAGGUGGACUUUGUCAAGUCCCUGCGGCAGAUGAAGCAGAAACUGCAGGGCCUUUACCAGGAGGUGUUUGACCGCCUGCGCGAUGAGGACGGGAGGCCCUAUUGCCCCAGCCAGUACACCCUGCAAUAUGCCAACAACGGCAGCAUGCUGGUCAUGCCUCACACACUCAUCACCCAGCAGGGCAAGCCGGACAAGAAGAAAGGCAGCAAGAAGAAGUGAGACCCACAGCCCGGCCUGGCACUGAACUCGCAAAGCGCUCACCGUAAAAGCCGCAUCGCUGGCUUUUUAAAAA